AUGGUUACGUUCAACUGUGAGGUGUGUAAUGAUACUGUGCCCAAGAAGAAUACCGAAAAGCAUUAUUAUAGAUGUCCUAACGCGUACUAUACAUGCAUAGAUUGCUCCAAGACGUUUGAAGAUGGCGUGAGUUACAAGAAUCACACGUCUUGCAUCAGCGAGGACGAGAAGUACCAGAAAGCGUUGUACAAGGGCAACAAGAAGCAGAAGCAGAAGCAGCAGCAGAAGCAGCAGCAGAAGCAGCACCAGCACCAGCCAGUGGCAACUCCUGCAAAGAAAGUGGAGAAGCCUGUGAUCAAGAAGGCAGAGAAAGUGGAAAAGACCUCGAACGGUAUCGAGCUUCACAAGGGCAAGUCGUUGUACAAAAUUUUGAAAACCAUGAAGGAUAAAGGGGCAAAAAAGACCUUCUUGAAAAGUCUGGUUGUGGAUUCUGAGGGGCAAAUCAGGUAUGCAAAGGAAUAA